GCUGUGUCCGACAGUCGCCAUAAUUGUAGUUGAUUCGCGUAUUGUAUGUGUCUGUCUUCUCGCCAUUUUCAUCGUCAUUGCAAUCGGAAUCCACAAUUUAUCAACAUAUCAACAUCUUUGGUCGUUUAAUUCAUCAGCUUUCAUGUCGCGGAAUUUUUCGUCGUUGUUGAAUCCUAGUUAUUUGCAUAAUGCACAAAACUCGAGCGUAUCAAGUGCCGCUGCCGCAGCUGCAGCUGCUGCGGCUGCUGUCUCUGCUGCUAUCGCCAAUGGGACCAGCCUCAACUCCAGCCAAAGCAAAAAGCGCGAAGCCGAAGAUAAAGAUAAGGAAUCCAGGGAGGAACGACGCAAGAAACGAAAGUCCAGAUGGGGAGGAAGCGAGCAUGAAAAGACCUUUAUCCCAGGAAUGCCUACUGUGUUGCCCACCAAUCUCACACCAGAACAGGAACAGGCAUAUCUUUUUCAACUACAGAUUGAGGAAAUCAGCAGGAAACUACGUACAGGAGAUCUUGGAAUACCAUUAAAUCCAGAGGAAAGAUCCCCAUCACCAGAGCCGAUUUAUAGCAGUGAUGGUAAACGGUUGAACACUCGGGAAUAUCGCACUAGGCGAAAACUAGAAGAGGAACGUCAUAACCUUAUACAGAAAAUCUUGAAGAUCAAUCCCGAAUUUAAGCCGCCUCCAGACUACAAACCACCGAUUAUUCGAGUCCACGAUAAAGUGAUGAUUCCUCAAGAAGAGCAUCCUGACAUCAAUUUCGUCGGACUGCUGAUUGGACCGCGCGGAAACACACUCAAAUCCAUGGAAAAAGAGACUGGUGCUAAGAUUAUAAUUCGUGGCAAAGGUAGCGUGAAGGAAGGCAAGGUGGGACGAAAAGACGGUCAGCCUUUGCCUGGUGAAGACGAGCCUCUACACGCUUACAUCACCGCCAAUAAUUUAGAAGCAGUCAAGAAGGCCGUGGAAAGAAUUCACGAGAUCAUCAGGCAAGGCGUAGAGGUACCGGAAGGACAGAAUGAUUUACGACGCAAUCAGCUUCGAGAGCUAGCCCUUCUCAACGGGACCCUUCGUGAGAAUGACGGGCCCCGAUGCACCAAUUGUGGUGCGAGUGAUCACAAAUCGUGGCUCUGUCCCGACAAACCCAACGUCACCAACAAUAUUGUGUGUUCGAGUUGCGGCGGCGCCGGACACAUUGCUCGUGACUGUCGCUCAAAGCGACCGGGCAUGGGCGGCCCUGCUGGCGCCAGCAGCGCGGCCGGCGAUAAGGCCAAGAUUGACGAGGAGUAUAUGUCCCUGAUGGCCGAGCUGGGUGAGGGGCCGCCGCCCGACCGCUCUAAGAAUACCAGCUCGCAAAGUCGGUCCGCCAGUGCGACCACUACUCCUAGCUACGGACUGUUCGACAGACAGCAGCAGCCACGAGCACUGAUGGCAGCUCCAGCACACCCGCCACCAAGCAUGUUGUCGUCUGGGUCAUCUUCGGCGAUGAUGGCACCGCCGCCCCCGGGUAUGGCUCCGCCACCCUGGUCGCAGUCGGACAUGAGCAACAUGAACGGAAUGAGCUCGAUGAGCUCGAUGAAUCCAAUGAGCUCGAUGAGCUCGAUGAGCUCGAUGAGCUCGAUGAACUCGAUGAACUCGAUGAACUCGAUGAACUCGAUGAGCUCGAUGAGCUCGAUGAGCUCGAUGAGCUCGAUGAGCUCGAUGAGCUCGAUGAAUUCGAUGAGUAGUAUGAAUAUGCAAUGGGGACAGUCGCCAGUGAGCAUGCCUCCGCCUCCGGGCGUGAUGCAACCACCGCCACCGCCCCCCGGCUCGACCCCCACUCAGCCAUCAUCCACGAUACCGCCGCUGAUGCCGUGGAUGUCGCCUGCGAGCAACCAGCCACCACCACCAGGUCAGAUGCCGCCACCGCCACCGGUGCAAGCCCCACCACCACCUCCUCCGGGAGCGAUGGGUAUUCCGCCAUGGCAGCAGCCGGCCCAGACGUCCAAUGGAGUAUCGCAAUCAUCGUCAACACAGCCGUCGAGUUCACAGUCCCUUUCGCAGAUGCGUCCGCCACCGCCCGGGACUGCUCCUCCGGUGGGCUAUCCUCAAACGCCGGGUUGGGGCCCUCCCCAGCAACCGUCGCAGAUAGGUUGGCCGCCGGCGGCGCCCGUGCCACCUCCACCUGCACCGGCCCCGGCUCCGACACCUCCGGGAAUCGACCUGGCCACGCUGCCAACCCUGCUCGCGCAACCGCCUCCACCCCCGCCGCCUACCAAUUAAUCAGCCGUGCUGCACAGUUAUUACUCGUGGUGAUCGCUUUUUCAAACUUCCUCUUGUCCGACUAUCGAGUGACUUUAACAAGUUAUCAAUAUGUCCCUUGGUAUUGAAUUUUAGUGACAACUAUUUAAGAAUCUUCAAGAUUUAUAUACUUGUUAGUUGAAAUGCAGGCGACAAGUUGAUGCUACUGAACCUCUAAUGAACUUGGUUUAGCGCAAGUUUGAAUUAGCAUUGGUAUGUUUUAUGAGUACAGUAUGAAAAAAACAAAUAAAAAAUCGCGCAAACGUGCGGAAUGCUUCGAUUACUCAGGAGAGUUUACAGCAUACAACUCGGUCACUAUGAUAUUAUCACUCAAUUAUUUUGUUUGACAUCGAUACUAAUAUAGUAUCGCAAAUGUGUGCUCGAGUUCAAUCAAAUAAUUUCAAUAAGAAGACUACGAUCUUCAACACGUAUAGUAUAAAAAUUAAUUUUUGGACAGUCAAAUUUGGUUUCGCUGUGAAUAUUUGAAAUCAUCACAAUUCGCUGCGGAAUACUUGUAAAUUACUAUCGCGGUGACAUCUGUCAAUAGAUGUUGGCGCAAUUUUAUCUGAAAUGUCAAGGUUUUCAAUCUUUGAGCUGUCAUUAAUCUAGACUAAUGGAAAUCAGAGUUGAUUUCAGUUUCGAGCGUAAUUUGUAUAUACAUCUUGCGAAUGUAUUAUAAAUAUUGUAGAAAUUUCAUGGAUUCUGAUUCUUGUUCAUUAUGCAUUGUGAGGUAAAUGAGCUAAUGGAAAGUUCUCACAAUGACGUUGAGUCGAAACAAACUUUUAAAAUCUACUUAUUUCGUACAUUACAUUCAUAUAUUGUAUUCUUAUUGUAUUAGUUAAAUAUGUGAAAAAACGAAUUUCCAUCCAAACAUCGACAUGCUGUAUUUUGUGUUAUUCAAAAUAAAU